UCGGGUUUGUUUGUUGGAAGUGACGAGGAGGUUACAGAAAACACAAAGUAAAACCAUGUCUACCCCAGCGAGAAGACGUCUAAUGAGAGACUUUAAAAAAUUGCAAGACGAUCCUCCUGACGGCGUUAGUGGUGCUCCUACUGAAAAUAAUAUAAUGCUUUGGAAUGCUGUAAUUUUUGGACCCAAUGAUACUCCUUUUGAAGAUGGCACUUUCAAAUUACAAAUGGAAUUUACAGAAGAAUACCCCAAUAAACCUCCAUCAGUUCGCUUCAUAUCAAAAAUGUUUCAUCCAAAUGUUUACGCAGAUGGCGGUAUAUGCUUAGAUAUAUUACAAAACCGAUGGAGUCCAACAUAUGAUGUAUCAUCAAUACUCACUUCUAUACAGUCUUUACUGGAUGAACCAAACCCUAACAGUCCUGCAAACAGUCUGGCUGCCCAAUUGUACCAGGAAAAUAAAAGAGAAUACGAGAAAAAAGUCAUUGCCAUYGUUGAAACAAGUUGGAUGAAUACUUAAUAAGGCAAUAUCGUGGACAAGUUGACAAAGCAUCUGUGGAUGUGUUUUCAAAAUAUUGCUUGCCACCUAGUAAAUAUGUAGAAUUCCUGCCAUAGUUCGUUUAUUUUUCAAAUUAUUAUGAAGUUAAGAUUUGUAAUGGUGCACAAUUAUUAUGUAUAUUGUUUUCUGCAUAUAGAAGAAUCAAACAAAUUGCAAACAAUAAACACAUGUAGUUAUUUCCUUGAAAAGUCCUUUUUAACAAUGAAAUAUUUUAGAAUAAUUAUUCUCUGUACAUGAAGUGUUGGCUGUUUAGAGUAGUUGUGAUGACAGUAAAACAUCCGUUGUCAUCAGUUUAAUUAAAUGUAAAUGUUUUGUUUAUUUGUAAAUAACAUUUUCUUGAUGUGGCAUAAAAUAAAUAUGUAUUUGAAUUA